AUGAAGAUUUUUUCUUCUUCAAUUGAUAACUUUUUGAAAUCUCUUGUGGUCCUCUCUCUCCUCCUCACUGGCUAUGUGACAAGCACGAAAUCGAGGCCCUCAGCCGUUAACCAUUAUGGAGAUAUGUUAACCCCACCAUCUGCUCCAAUUUCGAACGGGAAUGAUGAUGAUGAUGGUUUCGGUUUCUUUGACAGAUUCCAUUUUGGAUCAAUUUUCGGGAAGCAACAACCGAAUCAGCCAGGAGAUGGUGGAGGAGAAGAGAUCCCUCCCGAAUACGAACAAGGAUCCACCACCAAAUCCUUAGGCUAUUGGAAGAUUCAUUCCCAAAAUGCCGGCGUUGCUGCCAUGCACAUACAACUAUUGCCCAAUGGGAAGGCCAUUAUGUACGACUCUACGAGCAAUGGGUUAUCGGAAAUCACGCUGAACCCACCCUCAUGUGCACCCCGAGUAGGAGGCAGACCCACAGAUCCUCAACAGGAUUGCACUGCUCAUGCCAUUGAAUAUGACGUCGAGACAGCUCAAAUUAGAACCCUAAAGCUGGAAACCAGUCCCUGGUGUUCAUCCGGAGGCCUAAACAAAAAUGGAGACCUUGUCUCUACAGGUGGAGAUAAAGCCGGCUUCCAGUCGGUCCGAUUAUUGAAGCAUUGCAAAAACUGUAAUUUCCAAGAGAACCCAAGAGCCCUCUACUCCAACCGCUGGUACGCAACCCAGGUGGCUCUCGACAAUGGCAGCUUCGCUCUGGUGGGUGGCCGCAACGCAUACAGCUACGAGAUCAUUCCUCCGGACACCCUCAACUUCACCCCACAGCUGAUGGAGCUGCCCCUUCUCGAGGACACGGACGACGAUGCUGGGCGUGAGAACAAUCUCUACCCCUUUGCCGCUAGGGACUGCGGGAGAUUGAAUUUGAAUGUGGAGGGCGGGCAGUGGGAGAAAGAGGACAUGCCCUCCCCACGUGUCAUGGGGGACAUGCUCCUACUGCCCAAUGGAGAUGUGCUCAUGAUCAACGGGGCAAAGGCCGGGACUUCGGCUUGGAAUGCCGCCAAAGAUCCCAACCUCACUCCCGUGCUCUAUAGUCCCAACAAAAGGGUAGGUAAGAGGUUCAAGGAGCUGGCGCCCACUGUUAUUCCAAGGAUGUACCAUUCGGUCUCCGCUGUCCUACCGAGCGGCGAAAUCCUCGUGGCCGGAAGUAACACGAAUCCCUUCUACAUGCUAGAGAAAUAUGAGGACGAUUACACGUUCCCGAGUGAACUCCGUGUCGAGAAGUUUUACCCGCCCUACAUGGCGCCUGACCAGAUUAAGUAUCGGCUUGAGAUAUUGAGGGGCCGGUCGGAGAAUUUGUUGAAAUAUGGUGUUGAGUUUGGUGUGGCCAUCAAUGCCAAAGGGAAUGAGAAUAUUGGGAAAGACGGUUACAUAAAGGUUACAAUGUACUCUCCGCCUUUCACCACGCACGGCUACUCUCAGAACCAGAGAUUGCUCAUUCUGAAGCUCAAAGAAGUGACCGAUGGAAAGAUCACAGCAGUUGCACCGCCGUCACCCACUCUUGCACCACCGGGCUACUAUCUUCUGUUUGUUGUUUAUCGUGACGUUCCCAGCCGUGGAAUCUGGGUGCACAUUCAGUAG